CUUAGGGUGCUCAGAGGCAGGUGCCAGGCCCACAAAGCCCAGGCAGGCCCAAGGGGGGACACAAUCCUCAACCUCAUCUUGGAGGACCCAGGGAGAGCCCCAUUUGUCACCCAGAGAGGCCGGGGACUCUGCAUGGACAGGCAGCGCAUGUGCAGGGCCAAGGUCUGCCCAGGACUGGGCAACUCCAGCGUCUGUGCUGCUGCCGCUCCAGCAGGUGGAGAAGCUGGGCGGGCCAGAGUGGCUUUGGAAGCCACAGAGGGCGUGGCCCCACGGUGAGCCGCAGGCCUAAGGACAGUGAGAAGUACAGCAGCAUUGCCCUCCAGCGGCUGCGUCCGCUAGGUCUGGCAGAGAGCGUCCUGGGGGAGGGCAUUGGGCAAUGCCAACCCAGUAAGGCCUCCAUCUCCAGGUCCCUCUCUGCAGCUUCCUCGCUGCCGGCCGAGCCGUGGGCACCUGAGGAACUACCCACCACUGCUCCCGGCUGUGCCAUCACCACCAGCUCCCUGCCUCCUGCUCAGACCCGGCGACAGCCCCUCCAUGGCCCCUGAGAUGGACCAGUUCUACAGGUCCACCAUGGCCAUCUACAAGAGCAUCAUGGAGCAGUUUAACCCCGCCCUGGAGAACCUGGUGUACCUGGGCAACAACUACCUGCGUGCCUUCCACGCUCUGUCUGAGGCAGCCGAGGUCUACUUCAGUGCCAUCCAGAAGAUUGGGGAGCGUGCCCUGCAGAGCCCCACAUCGCAGAUUCUGGGGGAGAUCUUGGUGCAGAUGUCUGACACCCAGCGGCACCUGAACUCUGACCUGGAGGUGGUGGUGCAGACAUUCCAUGGAGACCUGCUGCAGCACAUGGAGAAGAACACCAAGCUGGACAUGCAGUUCAUCAAAGACAGCCGCCAGCACUAUGAGCUCGAGUACCGCCACCGAGCGGCCAACCUGGAGAAGUGCAUGUCUGAGCUGUGGCGCAUGGAGCGCAAGAGAGACAAGAAUGUGCGGGAGAUGAAGGAGAGUGUGAACCGGCUGCACGCCCAGAUGCAGGCCUUCGUGUCUGAGAGUCAGCGGGCGGCUGAACUGGAAGAAAAGCGGCGCUAUCGCUUCCUGGCAGAGAAGCACCUGCUACUUUCCAACACCUUCCUGCAGUUCUUCGGCCGGGCCCGGGGGAUGCUCCAGAACCGCGUGCUGCUGUGGAAGGAGCAGUCUGAGGCCAGCCGCAGCCCGUCGCGCGCCCACUCCCCCGGCCUGCUGGGCCCCGCGCUGGGGCCGCCCUACCCCUCGGGCCGCCUGACGCCCACCCGCCUGGACAUGCCCCCGAGGCCCCUGGGAGAGUUCAGCUCUCCCCGCAGCCGGCACGGCUCCGGCUCCUACGGCCCAGAGCCCAACGCGAGGCCCGCGUCCCAGCUGGAGCCAGACCGCCGCUCCCUGCCCCGCACGCCGUCGGCCUCCUCGCUCUACAGCGGCAGCGCCCAAAGCUCACGCUCCAACUCCUUCGGCGAGCGCCCGGGCGGCGGCGGGGGCGCCAGGAGGGUCCGCGCCCUGGUCUCUCACUCAGAGGGCGCCAACCACACGCUGCUGCGCUUCUCCGCCGGGGACGUGGUGGAGGUGCUGGUGCCCGAGGCCCAGAACGGCUGGCUCUACGGCAAGCUGGAGGGCUCGUCCGCGAGCGGCUGGUUCCCCGAGGCCUACGUGAAGGCUCUGGAGGAGGGGCCUGUGAAUCCCAUGACCCCCGUGACCCCCAUGACCUCCAUGUCCCCCAUGACCCCCAUGAUGCCUGUGAAGCCCGGGAACGAGCUGCCUUCCAGGUCCUACCCACUCCGGGGCAGCUAUAGCCUCGAUGACCUCCUGGACCGGCCGGCCAACUCCACAGCACCCUCGGAGUACUGGGAUGGCCAGUCCCGCUCCCGCACCCCAAGCCGGGUGCCGAGCCGUGCCCCGAGCCCUGCACCUUUGCCCAGCAGCCGCCGAGGCAGCGUGGGCAGCACAGGGACCGCCACUGACGUCAAGAAACUGAUGUCCUCAGAGCAGUACCCACCACAGGAGCUCUUCCCAAGGGGCACAAAUCCUUUUGCUACUGUCAAGCUUCGUCCCACCAUCACCAAUGACCGCUCAGCACCCCUCAUCCGCUGAGGCGGGGUCCGAAGUCAUACCCCCAGCACACCUGCCCAGGGGCUGUUCAGAGCUGGCAGUGGCAGUGGCAGUGACAGCAGCAACAGCAGCGGAUACCAGAAGCAGGGCCCUGAGACCAGGGGUGGCUGCCCUUCCCCAGACCACUCCGGCAGCCUGAGCAGCUCCAAAGCACUGGCUUGGGGUCCAAGACCUUCGAAGUAAAGCAGGCGGAAUGGGGGGACAGGAUGAUUUCUCCCCCUCCAGGGGCCCCAGGAUUCUCCCUGGGGGGCCUACCUCUUGCCCCCCAACCUCUUUUCCCCUUUUCUGCCCCCGUGGGGAGGAGCCCCUUGUACCUGCUUCGUGUCCCACACACGUCCUCUCUGUACGUCUUUUGUAAAUGAUGAGAAAUGAAGUGGACGC